AUGAUUCAUGCAGAGAUCAUACACAAGGACUCAAUGAAUCAUACAGAGAUCAUACACAAGGGCUCAAUGAAUCAUACAGAGAUCAUACGCAAGGGCUCAAUGAAUCAUACAGAGAUCAUACGCAAGGGCUCAAUGAAUCAUACAGAGAUCAUACCCAAGGACUCAAUAAAUCAUACAGAGAUCAUACCCAAGGACUCAAUAAAUCAUACAGAGAUCAUACCCAAGGACUCAAUGAAUCAUACAGAGAUCAUACACAAGGGCUCAAUGAAUCAUACAGAGAUCAUACACAAGGGCUCAAUGAAUCAUACAGAGAUCAUACACAAGGGCUCAAUGAAUCAUACAGAGAUCAUACACAAGGGCUCAAUGAAUCAUACAGAGAUCAUACACAAGGGCUCAAUGAAUCAUACAGAGAUCAUACACAAGGGCUCAAUGAAUCAUACAGAGAUCAUACACAAGGGCUCAAUGAAUCAUACAGAGAUCAUACACAAGGGCUCAAUGAAUCAUACAGAGAUCAUACGCAAGGGCUCAAUGAAUCAUACAGAGAUCAUACACAAGGGCUCAAUGAAUCAUACAGAGAUCAUACGCAAGGGCUCAAUGAAUCAUACAGAGAUCAUACACAAGGGCUCAAUGAAUCAUACAGAGAUCAUACGCAAGGGCUCAAUGAAUCAUACAGAGAUCAUACACAAGGGCUCAAUGAAUCAUACAGAGAUCAUACACAAGGGCUCAAUGAAUCAUACAGAGAUCAUACACAAGGGCUCAAUGAAUCAUACAGAGAUCAUACACAAGGACUCAAUGAAUCAUACAGAGAUCAUACACAAGGGCUCAAUGAAUCAUACAGAGAUCAUACCCAAGGACUCAAUAAAUCAUACAGAGAUCAUACCCAAGGACUCAAUGAAUCAUACAGAGAUCAUACCCAAGGACUCAAUAAAUCAUACAGAGAUCAUACGCAAGGGCUCAAUGAAUCAUACAGAGAUCAUACGCAAGGGCUCAAUGAAUCAUACACCAACACAAACACGUAAUUUUAGAAUAUUUUAUUAA